CAGCCGAUUGCGGAUUGCGCAUCCCCUCGCUCUCUAUUCCUCCGUACGCUGCCCCUUUGGCCCCCCUCUCUCUCUUCCCCUUCCCACCGGGGGACGCGGCCGCCGAUCCCCAUCCCCUUUCCCUCCUCUCCGGUUCACCCCAAAUCUCCAAUUCGCGCCCCGAAAUUGGACCCGCCGGAUUCGAUCCCCAGCACCCCCACUCCCGAUUAGCUUCGCCGGGAUCGCGUGGGUUCGACCCCCGCGGCGGAUUGAGGGUUGCCGAUCGAGGGGCGCGCGUGCGGGGGGAUUUGAGCUAGGGGAAGGGUUCGGCGGCUGGCGUUACGGCCUAGGGUUUUGCCAUGGCCGACAGGGGCUGCCUGAAGCGCCUCCAGAAGGAGUAUCACGCGCUCUGCAAGGAGCCGCCGCCGCAGAUCGUGGCGCGCCCGCUGCCCAACGACAUAUUGGAGUGGCACUAUGUACUUGAAGGAAGUGCAGGCACACCCUUUGAAGGCGGAUUCUACUAUGGGAAGCUCAAAUUCCCAUCCGAUUAUCCUUUUAAACCUCCAAGUAUCAGCAUGACAACCCCCAGCGGCAGGUUUGCCCCUCACAAAAGGAUAUGCCUAUCAAUGAGUGACUUUCAUCCAGAAUCUUGGAAUCCAAUGUGGUCUGUAGCAAGCAUUCUCACAGGACUCCUGUCAUUUAUGAUGGAUGAUGCUCUGACAACCGGUAGCAUCAGGAGUACAGAUGGAGAAAAGAGGCGUUUAGCAAAGGCUUCCCUUGCUUACAAUUGUGAGAGCAAAAAUUGCCCGCACUUCAGGAAAUUGUUCCCAGAGUAUGUUGAGAAGUACAACCAACAACAAGAAAUGGAGCAAACGGUGGCAGAACCAGAGCCUCAGGAAAACACUGCCCCAGCUCCAUCUCUUGCCGUCCAGCCAGCCGCAGCUGUGCCAAACAAUGUAGGACAACCUGUGGCAGAGGCCCGCGUCGAAAAGAAGCAGAAGAAGCGAGUGCCUUUUUGGAUGAUGGUGGUUAUCGUUUCUGUUUUUGGUGCUGUGAUGGCCUUGCCCCUGAUGCAACUUUGACAGUAAAGAGGCUAAUAAAAAGUGUGAUAGUGGGCCCUUAAUUUUGUAUAGCUUUCCACAACUCAUUCGUCCGUGGGCGGUACACCUUGGAGACAUGGUGAUGAAUUUGUGAUGGUAAAAAUCUGUAGAACCGUAUUCUCAAGUCUUCACGAGAUACUCUACGAACUGUGCUUUAUUUGGGUCAGUAGCUCUUAAAGCUUUUUUUCGUUUCAUU